GGAAACACCCGAAGAAGAAGCAGUUGCACCGGAAGCAGGAGAAGCGGGAGAUUGAAAAACAUAAACAUCAUUUUUGGCCACACGAACAUUUGUCGAAAUGCUUGUUAAGGCACCAAAAUUGAAGAGUACCAUCAAAUCGAAAACGAAAGGCAACGUUAACGUGAGGCCGGCGUCGGAGGCUAUGAUUGAACUAGUGACGCUGCUGUUCCUCAACAGUCUGGCCGAGGAGGCGAAGGCCAAAGCUUUUGAAGAAAAAUCUGCAACGAUCAGAGCUCACCACGUCAAAGCAGUUUCCAAGAAAUUGCUGAAAAAAGCUAGAGGAUGAAAACCAUGGAGUGUCAUCGUUGUAUUUAUGAUCAUCUUUCUGAACGUGGUUGGACGGCAGCAGCUGUAUUGCUCUUCUGACUUUUUUUUGUGUUUUAUUCUAUUCUUUGUGCAAGCAAAUUUCCUCCUAUCUGUUUUCCUGUCUUAAAACGUUUGAUGUAUUUUAUUUUAAUUUGUAUUUUAUGAAUUUCUUGUAAAUCUAAUUUCCAACUCAUGAUAUCAAAUUUAGGCUUUUUUAUGUCUGUUUUGUCAUUUUCAGUCCAAUUAAAAGAUUGAUGGCUUUUC